AUGAAGGACGACAAUCAUUACCUCAUGUACCAAAAGGAGUGUGAUCCAGUUACGAUCGAUCUGCUCAAAGUACGACCGGAAGAUAUCGCCAGUCAAAUUACCUUGAUUGAUAUUCCACUGUUCAAAGCAAUCACUGCCCAGGAAUUGUUAAAAGGAGGCUGGGGAAAGAAGAAUAAACAUCUGGAUGCAUCGAAUAUAGUUUCAUUUACUGAUCGGUUUAAUUCCGUUUGUCUGUGGUGCCAACGAGAAAUCUUGUCGUACGAAAAAACAACUAAACGUACCGAAGUUCUGGAACAUUUUAUAAAAAUUGCAAAGCAGUUAUACAUUCUGAAUAAUCUUCACUCAACGUUUUCCAUCAUCAGUGCCCUGCAAAGCCUUUCAAUACAUCGUUUGGUGAAGACUUGGAGUCUUAUUAGUCGACCAGAACGUGCAGUAUUUACGAACUUGAAGUUACUAUUUGAGAGUGAAUGCAACUGGAAACGUUUGAGAGAGCAUUUAAAUUCGGCUGAAUUACCUUGCAUACCUUAUAUAGGUCUGUAUCUUACUGAUCUAAGUUUUAUUGAUGCUGCGAGUUGUGUUGUGAAGAAGACAUAUACUGUAUCUCUGAACAAAGAGCGGAAAAAGAAAGAUAUUAUCAGUCGAAUUUCUUAUUUUCAAAAAUCAUUAUAUGAUAAUUUGACUCACAUCGAAUGUUUGCAAAAAUACCUUAAUUCGUUACAGUUUCAUGAAGAAUUCAUCAAAUUUGAAGAAGAUGAUUUGUUCAAGUACUUGAAUAUUGUUUCGGAAUUGCUUGAUUAUAUGAUAGAUAUUAUUAUUUUUAUUAUUCAUUUUGAGGAUAGUUACCAUUUCAAAGAAUGUAAAGUGUUUAGACUAUCAUUGGCACGUGAAAAUGGUUCACAGUGUGCUUCAGCAUCGUCGCCUGCUGUCGAGUUCUUACGUCGUGCUUCACUUUCACGAACUAUGCGAGUAUUAAACCGUUUCCGUUCUAAUUUUCCAUCUAUUGAAAAAAUAACGCAUACAAUGACUCCUCAACUGCCAUCAAAAAAUCACCAUCAUCGUGCUAUCGUUUUUGGUAGCAGAAGAGCUCGAAGUCUCAGUGCUGGUUGGAACACAGGAGAAGUAAAUCUGUCAUUUCCUUUUGAUGCAGAAUCAGUGGAUGCUGAACCUUUUCAAGACAUCGAGAGCACUGAGUCACCCGAUUCAAACUUUGCGUCAGAAAAAAUCUUGAGACAUACAACUUAUGUAGUAGAUUCGUCUUCUCUGGGUCACACCUUUUCAUUCACUCCACUAAAAACGUCUACGUCUCUUAAAUGUGCUCCAUUGUUAUCACCGAAAGCUCGAUUCAGAAGUUUUGAUAACAGUGGUGACCAAUUGUGUCUUAUUGAUGAUGAUGAUGAUGAUGACACCAAAGUUGCUGAUUAUGCUGGCGAAGUUUCUGUUUUAACAAUUCGUAAAAAAGGAAGCAAGCUAACAAAGAUCAAAUGUAGCCGAAAAUGUUACCUAGAAUUGCGGUCUUCGCAACUGUAUCAGUUUUCUCGACGACCUGUUACCAUUCUUUCAAAAAAUGACAGAGAUAGUUACAAUAAAAAGGCAAACAAAAUAAUGAAAUUAGAUGAAAAUGGAUGGCGUGUCAUACAUCAUAUCAAUUUGCCAGAACCAUCAUUUGAAAUGCAUCACCCACCUACUGGUAGUCGUAUUUAUCGUUACAUAUGCAAGAACGAAACAGCUGCAUUAGAAUGGUACAAACAUAUUCAAGCAGCAAUUCAAGAUGCGUUAUCUUCUGUACCAUCUACCUUAAUUACUUUUGAUUGA